ACGCUUGUCACUCACCUGCUAAUAGCCAAUCAGCACUUAGGGGUUGGUCUACUCGGCCAAAGGAGAGGAGGAGGCUCCUCUCUGCGCACCAAUGAAUGUGCAGGAAGGGGCGGGCCUGCAGGUGGGAACGGGCGAAUCACGGCCCCCGAUGGUUCGCGGCCCCGAAAGCAGUUAGUCGCGCGCUCGCUUCCUCAAGAUGGCUGCGGCUAAGGACGGUUGUGGCAUAGAAGUGGCUGCAGGGAAUGGCCGGCGGCUCCACCUGGGGAUUCCUGAGGCUGUGUUUGUGGAAGAUGUAGAUUCUUUCAUGAAACAGCCUGGGAAUGAGACUGCAGAUAUAGUACUAAAGAAGCUGGAUGAACAGUACCAGAAGUAUAAGUUUAUGGAACUCAACCUGGCUCAAAAGAAAAGGAGGCUAAAAGGUCAGAUUCCUGAAAUUAAACAGACUUUGGAAAUUCUAAAAUAUAUGCAGAAGAAAAAAGAAUCCACCAACUUACUGGAGACCAGAUUCUUACUGGCAGAUAACCUGUACUGCAAAGCUUCAGUUCCUCCUACUGAUAAAGUGUGUCUGUGGUUGGGGGCUAAUGUAAUGCUUGAAUAUGAUAUUGAUGAAGCUCAGGCAUUAUUGGAAAAGAAUUUAUCGACUGCCACAAAGAAUCUUGAUUCUCUUGAGGAAGACCUUGACUUUCUUCGAGAUCAAUUUACUACCACAGAAGUCAAUAUGGCCAGAGUUUAUAAUUGGGAUGUAAAAAGAAGAAACAAAGAUGAUUCUACCAAGAACAAAGCAUAAUGCUGGCAAUUAAAAAUGUGGUUCAGUUUUCAAGACAUGUUAUUUUAAAUAUCCUGUUUAUCCUUAAAGGUUGACAUAACUUUGAAUGAUGUUUUAACAGCAAGAUUAAUUAAAAAUUAAAAAAAAGUAAACACCAUUUUAUUUAUACAAACAAAAUAAGUUUCAAAUAUUUUAUGAAAUUAGCAGUAUUUUUUUCCACAUUUCUCAGCAAAGUUGAUGCUGCUUUUCAUCAUUAUUUUUGUCUGUCAUAUGAAAACUCUUAGCUGAAAUGGCCGAAAACUGUGAGGUAUGCUAUAGAAGCAAAUGCUGGACACUAGCACAGUUUACUUUUUCUUUUUCUUUAUUGGCUGAUGUUAUUCUCACUUGGUGUGGUUAAACCAUUUUAGAGGUAGGGAAAACGCAGUUUGAAUAUUUGUAAAUUUGUUUUCCUUUGGUACAUAUGGGAUUUAAUGGUCCUCUAUUGCAGUUGUCCUCUAUAAAUGGGGUUUGAUGGAUUACUGCUUAACCAGUAACUAUCUAUUAUGAUAUUCUGGACUUUUCAGGAAAUGGUAAUUUGCCUUCCUACACAGCAAGAGGGCUAUUAAGACAACACUUUUUCUAACCUCUAAUAAGUGCACAGUGUCUUUGCAAUGCAAACAUAAGGGAGAUCUUGGCCAACGUGAAGUAAUAUUACCCAUUCAAAACUCUUUGCUAAGGUGAUUUUGUAUUUAUUAACAGUUCUCCAAAGCAUCUUGAACAGGAAUAUUAAAUGUACAAUGUUUGAAAAGAGUUGUGACCUUUUUUAUUCAUGAUUAAAACCUCCUAAGAAUAGUAAAAAAAAUCCCUGUGGGAAGCCAUUGGUACAGUGGCUAGUACUGGGUGAUACAGAUUCUGGUAAAAACACAAAUGUAUUAUUCCAUCUCCAUGUAAUAAAAAGUAUACUUGUACAACAAUGUUUUGUACUUGUACUUCAUGAUAUUAACACAGUAAUGUUAAAACU